UCCCCCCCCCCGCAGAAGCGAAAGCAGCCCGCAGCCCGUCGGGGGAAGCAGCUGAGAGGCAGACGCGACCCCCUCCGCGCCCAGCUGGAGACUCGCUCAGGUUGCUUCUCUCCUUGGUCAAUCUCCAAGCGUGCUUUCUUCUCCCGCCCUCCGGUGCUUUGGAGAAUCCUUUCGAACUCUGCUCUUCUCUGACUCCAAAGAUCGUGAUUUGUCCUGUGGGAAUCUUCUGGAAUCUUCUGGAAAUGGCUGCAAGCAUCGAAUGGCCCGAGCGGAGGAUCGUCCUGGUGGGCAAGACCGGGAAUGGGAAAAGCGCGACGGGAAACGCCAUCCUGGGAAGCAAAGCCUUUUACGCGGUGGCGUCGCCUAACUCCGUCACUGUGUCUUGCGAAAGGAAGGAGGCGUCGUGGAACGGCAGUAAGAUUGUGGUGGUGGACACGCCGGGCUUUUUCGACACCAAGGUUCCACCGCACAAAACGGCGGAGGAAGUGAAGAAGUGCGUGAAGAUGUGCGCCCCGGGCCCGCACGUCAUCGUGCAGGUGAUUCGUCCGGGCCGUUUUUCCCAGGAGGAGAAGGACGUGGCUAAGCUGAUCAAGGAGAUCUUCAACCUCAAUGCCAAGCAUUACAUGAUCCUCUUGUUCUCCCGGAAAGAGGACCUGGAAGAGAAAACUCUGGAGCAAUUCCUGUCCGAGGAUGAUUCCUCUCUUCGGGAUCAAGUCUCCGAAUGCGGGUCCCGGAUCCUGGCUUUCGACAACAAGGCCGAAGGCAAAGAACAAGAGACCCAGAUGGACCAGCUGAUGAGCAUGAUUGAUCAGCUGGUGUUCAUGAACCGCGAAGCGCCGUAUUACACGGAAGACAUGAUGAAGAAGGACGAAAAGCAGUAUAAGACAAAGAAGAAUUUCUCCUGGUGCUCUCUUCUCUAAAAAAAAAAAA